CGCCGGAACGUCCUCUAUUUACGAUACGGAGGGAGUAAUUAUCCUCUCCUAUUGGGAGAUGGUCUUGUACUCGUCUGUGCCUAGGACAUAUGCCAGGCUAUACAAUGAACAUCAUGGCUGCCCUCAGGGGAAAGCUGUUCUGUCUAAUUCCACAGCCGACAGAGUCUCGCUGGCCCUCGGACUCGGAUGGCCCGUCCACAGCGUGUAACUGCGCCACCAACCGGCGUCCGGCGGCCGGUUGUUCCAACGGUCACCUUCCUGCUCUUCACCUCGCCAUUUCUCUAUGCUCCAUUGGCCAGUGGUGGACCACCCUUCCCCCCGCGUCCAGGUCCAGGUCCAGCCGACGACCUCGCGUUCCUCCCCUCCCAGGUCUUCGUCGUCCCCUCCCUUUAACAAGACAAGAGCAAUCCGCGAAAGGGGAAUUGAAACAAAACAAGGCCGUCGAUUCCUUCUCCCCCUCAGAGUAGGGUCGUCGUCGAGGCUUAGUAGAUCCAUGGCCUUCUGGGAGCCCUGCUUCGGCAAGGACAACGAGUGCUGCGACUGCGACUGCAGCUGGACCAAGUUCCUCAUCUGGUCCGCCGUCGUCCUCCUCGUGGGCGGCCUCGUCGCCGUGCUCGUCGUCGCCUUCGCCGUCGUCUUCCCGCCCAAGGCCACGGCCGACGACGCCGUGCUGCAGAGGUUCGCGCUGGCGCCGGGCAACCCCGCCGCCAACUCCACCAUCUCCUACAACCUCACGGCCACAGUGUCGCUGUGGAACCCCAACAUCUACCGGGUCAUCGAAUACGGGCCCCUCGCCGUGGCCUUCUCCUUCAACGGCUCCCGCUUCGACGAGUCCGCCACCGUCCCAGCCUUCAACCACAAGAAGCGCAAGACGGCCACGGUCCGCGUCACCGUCGGCGGCGUGGACAAGCCCGUCAAGCUCACCGCGCCCGGGGUGAAGGAGUUCGCCGCGGAGAACGACACGAGCAAGUUCGCCGUGGAGAUGCGGCUGGACACGACGCUGCAGUACAAGGGGCGCAGCGCCAAGUGCCCGCUCGUCGUCGUCUGCCCGCUCCAGCUGCAGCUCGUCGACCCCGACGUCGCCGCCACCGCGUUCCAGAGGACCAAGUGCACCAUCCUCCGGGCCAAGAAGUCCGGCUGCUAACUCCAUUGGCUAGAGCUCGAUUUCUUCAAGAAUUCCUUUUUCGGUUUCCCCCCUCUCGAGAUUGUUGUUGCGUCUGCUUGGAAGACUAUGAUAUGAUCUGUAGGAGUGCAAAAUUCGAUUUGAUGUGUAUAAAUCUGGAUGAUUCCUAACGACUCAUGUUGCGUUGUUGUGAUUUUGACAAGAA